UUUGUACACACACCAUAUAUAUUAGCUACUGAUUACCAAACACAGAAAGAGAACCAAUAACUCUCCCAUCACGUUUCCUUUGUGGGGUACCCUUUUUCCGUCUCUUUCUCUACUUCUGUGUUUUUAAGAAAAACCCCACAAACACAAGAGGAAAGAUUAGCUGAGAAAACCCCAGAAAAGUUGGAGUUUUUGAUUCUUGUAUUGACCCUUUACUUGAUUUCAGGUUCCAGUGGUUUCCUCCCCUUCAACAAUGUCAAGCUUGGAAGAGCCUCUUAACCUCGAAAGGUUGCCAAGUUUGAGCAACAUUGAUUGGCUAGAGAGGUUCUCGUCUGGUGCCUGCAGGCCUGUAGGAGAAGAUAUGGCAAUGGGAGACUCCUGGUCUGAUGGGAGAAAUUGCAGCUCUUCCAACAGCUGUGUUGAAGAUAAUGAUGAAUAUGGGAGAGAGAACUAUAAAUGGAGAAGGCAUGGAUCACGCAACGCCAUUUCAAGUCGAAGGUCAAAGAGUCUUAGCAAGAAUUAUAGAGUAUGUGGAACUGUGUCUCGUUCACAGUGUUUGACAGAUCGUCAACCUAAAUCUUACAGCAACCACAGAAGCACAGUGAGAAAAACGUUCAAGUUGUUCAAUGGCAUGCCAAAUCAUGUGAAGAUAGUGGAAGUUGGUGCAAGGGAUGGACUACAAAAUGAGAAGAAAACUGUUCCUACAUCAGUGAAGGUUGAAUUAAUUCAAAAACUUGUCUCUUGUGGGCUACCUGUGGUUGAAGUGACGGGUUUUGUUUCUCCAAAAUGGGUGCCUCAGCUGUCGGAUGCCAAGGAUGUAAUGGAAGCAGUUAAGGAUCUGGAAGGUGCCAGAUUGCCUGUAUUGACACCUAAUAUGAAAGGCUUUGAAGCAGCUGUUGCAGCCGGGGCGAAAGAAGUAGCAGUCUUUGCAUCAGCUUCAGAGUCUUUCUCAAAGUCAAACAUUAAUUGCAGCAUUGAGGAGAGCCUUGUUCGAUAUCGAGCUGUUACAUCUGCUGCCAAAAAGCUGGCAAUACCAAUUCGCGGAUAUGUAUCCUGUGCUAUUGGGUGCCCAGUUGAAGGAGCGAUGUCACCUUCAAAAGUGGCAUAUGUAGCAAAGGAACUUCAUGACAUGGGAUGUUUCGAAAUUUCCCUUGGAGACACAAUAGGAAUCGCUACUCCAGGAACUGUUGUUCCUAUGCUUGAAGCUGUGAUGGCUGUGGUUCCUGUUGAAAAGCUUGCUGUGCAUUUUCAUGAUACCUAUGGACAGUCUCUUUCAAAUAUUUUGGUUUCCCUCCAAAUGGGUAUUAGCACAGUCGACUCCUCAGUUGCUGGUCUCGGAGGCUGUCCAUAUGCCAAAGGAGCUACUGGCAAUGUUGCAACGGAAGAUGUUGUCUACAUGCUUAAUGGUCUCGGGAUUAAAACCAAUGUGGAUCUACAGAAACUCCUGGUAGCCGGGGAGUUCAUCAGCAAGCAUUUGGGCCGCCCAUCCGGAUCCAAAGCAGCCAUUGCUUUGAGCGGAGCAACAGCAGAUGCAUCCAAGAUGUAGGAAGGUAAACCACUCCCAGAUGUGAUCAAAUGGUCUCAUCAAGAAGUGCAAAAACCAGAAUAUAGAGUAGAAGAGAUGCCACUUCUAUAGUGUAUACUUAUCAAAAUAUGACCAAAAAUAAUCUAUUUGUGACCGUCUGUGAAAAUGAACGAUGCCAUUAUUUAGACAACAUCAAGCUGCUCAUUGCAGCAUAUCUAAUACAAAGUGAUUAUUGAUUUAUA